AUGACCAGGGUGCAUGAUGAACGUCUUGAAAGGGGGGAUGACAUCGGCCCCUAUGGUUUUUCUGAUGAGGCCUACCACAAUUGUCCCGAUGAUGCACCAGAAGAUCAUCAACCACCAGUUGAGGAAACUCAAUUGGAUGCACUGGAUUGUCCCCAGAAUCCACCAUCCAAAUCCCCAGAGGAAGUCGAUGCACCCAUUGGCGGCCCAAAGCCACCUGCCCAUGUCUCCUGCAAGGCUGGGGGCCCUGCUGCAGAAGGCCCUGUUGCCACUCCUUGCCGCAGUGCACAAACGGGCGGUGUUGCUUCCCCAAGCUCCACUCAGCAAUCUGGGGAAGUGGAUGUGGGAACCCCAAGCUCGGUGGCUACACUUGGUGAUAAAUCUGUGGAAACACCUGUCCCUGGUGAAUUGAGAUUGUCCCAAAAUGCCAUCAAUCUGAGACUUCAAAGGGUGAUGAAGGUUGAUUCCAAAGGCAAUAGCCGGGUGAGCGAAGAGAUCCGUAAGCAAUUUCAUUGCAAGAAGGGCAAGCUUCGACUGCAGCAAAUAUUCCAGAGCUGUGGUUUCAACCCGGACGUUUUCUGCGAAGAGCUGGAGUUGGUCCAAGAGGAUCUUCUGGCAAAUGACCUGACAAUCGAGGGGGAGUUCAUGAGUGAAGAGACCAUGAAAUCUGAAUGGAAAUGGUCCCAGCGUGAUCGAUACGAGGACCUGGUCUUGUACUGGGCCGAAACAGCCGUGAAGGCUAGCCAAAGGAUCCGUGACUUCACCCCGGACAUGGGCCCCUCAAGCGCUGGUGGUUCCAAGUCCGUGGUGACCCAGCCCAACAAUCCCAACCCCAAGCCGAAGACCCCUGCCAUGGAUGUUGAAGAAGGUUCUGAUGAUUCAGAUUUGGAGAUGAGCCCAGAAGAGUGCAAAGCUCGGGACGCUGAGUCCCGGGCACAGGCGGAGCGAAAGAAAGCAGGGAUGAAGGACAAGCUGGAGAAAGUGAUGGGCGACCUCAAGGACCAUUCCAGCGCAAUUGACAAGAUAUACACGUUGGGUGUUGUGGACGGGUUCACCCAAAAGUACUUCCCCUGCAAGCAGUUCCAACUGAUGAGCAUUUGGUCCCUAGAAUAA